AUGCGUCGAUUUAAUCCUAAAUGGUUUGAUGAUGAAUAUCAUGAUUGGUUGGAGUACAGUGUAAGUAAAGAUGCAGCCUAUUGUUUGUAUUGUUAUCUGUUUAAAGAUAAUAAUAUUCAUCAAGGUGGAGGUGAUGUAUUUUCAAGUAUAGGGUUUAAGAAUUGGCAUAAAAAGAAUAGUUUUGAUAAACAUAGGUCGAGUGGCAUUCACAAUGAGUCAAAAAAGAAAUGCCAAGAUUUGCGGCAACAACGAUUUAUUCAAUCUUCAUUUGAGAGGCAAUCUAGUCAACUUAAGCAUGAGUAUUGGAUCCGCUUAACUGCUUCAGUUAAUGUAGUAAGACUUCUUAUAACUCAAGGAUUAGCAUUUCGAGGUCAUGAUGAAUCUAAGUCUUCACUUAGUAGGGGUAAUUUUCUUCAAACACUCUCAUGGUAUGCAAAAGUGUGUGAUAACAUUCAUGAUUAUGUACUGGAACAUGCUCCUCAAAAUGAUCAAAUGACUUCUCCAAUGAUUCAGAAAGACAUUGUUAUUACAUGUAAGAUAGAAACAACUAAAACUAUAAUUAAGGAACUAAAUGGUGAUUACUUUGCCUUGCUAGUUGAUGAAUCUUUUGAUACGUCCCGCAAGGAGCAAAUGGCUAUUGUCUUACGGUAUGUUGAUAGAAUGAGAUUUGUGAUGGAGCGACUUAUUGAUGUUGUUCAUGUCCAAAAUACUAGUGCUUCAUCUUUGAAGAGUGCAAUUGUUAAUUUACUUGCUCAACACUCCUUAAGUCUAUCAUAUGUGCGUGGACAAUGUUAUGAUGGGGCAAGCAAUAUGCAAGUUGAAAUUAAUGGUCUUAAAAUGUUGAUUAAGCAAGAAAGUAGAUCGGCUCAUUCCUUUCAUUGUUUUGCUCAUCAACUCCAACUUACCCUUGUUGCGGUUUCUAAGAAAUGUCUUCAAGUGGGGGAACUUGUAGUGUUGGUUUCAAAUAUUUGA